ACAGCCAGGCUGUUUCCCGGCGCUCUCUUUCCUCUGCACACAUUCAAGCAUCCUGAGACUGACACUCCGAACUUGGAUAAUUUUACUCACAAAGCGGCACAAAAAAGCAACACCGAGACAAAAAUAAUCUCACUACCGGAGGAAAAAAUCUAGCUUCUAGCAAGCCAAGAAAGUUUUUCUUCAACAGAUAUGCUCGAGUGGGCUGUUCAUCUAUGCGUUUGUCUCAAAGUCAUCUCAGCAUCCUUGGAUUACAUGUACGAUGACAACUCUUUCCUUGAUAGAGAGGAUGCGCUGAGUGUGAACAUACCUCUGGAGGACCCACAACGACCUCCACUUGGAGGAUCGUUGACACUUCCAUGCUACUUUCAGGACCACACCCCGCCAGACAUCGGAGCUCCCACCAUCCCUCCGCUUGCCCAUCGCAUCAAAUGGAGCUUCUUCACCAAAGAAAAGGUCUUUACCAUUUUAGUUGCCUUGGAGGGAGAGGUGCGGGUCAACGAGGGUUACCUGGACAGGGCUCAUUUGGUGGGCUACCCUUCGACCCCGACGGAUGCUAGUAUCAAGAUAUCUGGGCUAAGGUCAAGCGACUCAGGAGUCUUUCGCUGUGAGGUUCAACACGGUAUUGAGGACAACCAUGAUGAGGUCCACGUGAAGGUCCAAGGUGUUGUUUUCCACUACCGGCCUAUUAUGGGUCGCUAUACACUGACGUUUGAGGAGGCGGGACAUGCGUGCACAGAGAACAGUGCAGUCGUGGCUUCACCUGAACAACUCCAAGCAGCUUUUGAGGAUGGAUUCCAUCAGUGUGAUGCUGGCUGGCUUUCCGAUCAGACAGUGAGGUACCCCAUCCAUCAUCCUCGCAUCAAUUGCUACGGCGACAAGGAGAAUCUGCCUGGGGUCAGGACAUAUGGAGUGAGACAGCACAAUGAGACUUACGACGUCUACUGCUUUGCAGAGAAAAUGACAGGCAGAGUAUUCCACACCACCUCAGCAGAAAAGUUCACUUUUUCUGAGGCCAUGCGGGCGUGCUCUCAAAAGGGAGCUAUGCUGGCCACCACUGGUCAGCUGCACUUGGCCUGGCAGGGCGGGAUGGAUGUCUGUGAUGCCGGCUGGCUGGGUGACAGAAGUGUACGCUACCCCAUCAGCAUCCGGCGACCUCAGUGUGGAGGGGGUCUUCUGGGAGUGCGAACGGUUUACUUCUACACCAAUCAGACAGGAUAUCCACCUCCUGAGUCUUAUUAUGAUGCCUUCUGCUACACAGAGUUCCGAGAUGAUGAAGGUUCGGGAAUCUUAGACGAAGGUAACGGCGUGUUGAGUGUUAUCCCAGUCAUGCAGAGCCAAGAGGUUUCCUUUGUGAAGCCAACAACAGAGAGUGAGGUGGUCGGCGAGGUGGAGACCCAGCAACCCAGUGAAGUAGACCUCACCUACACACUGAGUCCUAUAGAGCUACCAUCACCUAGAGUCACUGACAUCCCCACCGAGCUAAUAGAGCAAGUCACCUCCCAAUCCAACCUAGGCAAGGAAUUAAGCAAAGUGGUUGCGACACCUCCAUUUGGUGUGGUCUUUCAUUACCGUUCAUGGUCAGGCCGCUAUGCCUUCACCUUUGCUGAUGCCCAGUUGGCCUGCCACAGUGUUGGUGCCUCCAUUGCUACGCCUGAGCAGCUGGAGGCUGCAUAUGAAGCUGGAUAUCACCAGUGUGAUGCAGGAUGGUUAAUGGACCAGACAGUCAGGUAUCCCAUUGUUUCACCACAAGAAAAGUGUGCUGGAGAUUUGGGAGAUCAACCAGGAGUUCGGUCUUAUGGUCUGAGGCCAGCAGAGGAACAGUAUGAUGUGUAUUGCUACAUCAGUGGGCUCAAGGGUCAGGUUUUCCAUUUAGGCUCUGCUCAGGGUUUCACUUAUGAUGAGGCUGCUACUCACUGCCUUGAGCACAAUGCCAGCCUGGCCUCCACAGGAGAGCUCUAUGCAGCCUGGAAACAGGGUUUUGACAAGUGCCGUGCCGGCUGGCUCAGUGAUCGCAGCGUCCGUUAUGCCGUCAAUAACCCUUCUUCUGAGUGUGGAGCAGGGAAGUCAGGAGUACACACUGUCUACACCCAUCCCAACCAGACAGCCUACCCUGAUAUUAACUACAAAUUUGAUGCGUAUUGUUUUAAAGUAGAUAUUCAACUAAUUGCAAAUGAAACCGGACUGAACGUCACAGAUAUCCAGGAGACCCUUCUCAAUUUAACAUCCAUCACAGAAUUUAUGAGACGUACUGUUACCUCAGUUAUCCCACCAAUCCUUGUGGAAUCGUCAGGCUCUGGUUCAGGUUCAGAAAACUUUGGAUCAGAAGAUAACAACUCUGGAGAAUUCUCUGGCUCUGGAGAUCAAGUAAUGUCUGGAGACCUCUCAGGAUCUGGAGCACAUCUGACCUUAAAAGAGCUGUCUGGAUCGGGAGACAGGGGCAUCUCUGGAGACCUGUCUGGUUCUGGAGACCAGAUUAUCUCCACUGAUUUUUCUGGCUCUGGAAGCCUGUCUGGUUCUGGAGACCAGCUGACCUCAGGAGAGUUGUCUGGAUCGGGAGAAAAGUUCAUCUCUGGAGAACAGUCUGGUUCUGGAGAUCUACUUAUCUCUGGAGAACUGUCUGGCUCUGGAGAUACGCUGGGCAGUGCAAGUGCUGACCUGCCCUUUAGCACAUCUGAUGUUAGCAGUGCUGUUUUUUCUGGUUCAGGGUUUAGUGGCAAACAAUCAAUUACUGCUGUUUUCUUUUCCAACAGUGGCACAAUUCUAUCCGGAGACGGCUCAAUUUCAGAGGGUUUCCAAAAAUCUGAAGAGGCAGGGACAGAAAUUCUGAUACUAUCUUCUUCUGAAAUAGGGUCUGGUGGUAGUGGCGACCUGUCUGGGUCUGGGAGAGGAAGCGACUUCAGCUCUGCAGAGAGUGGUUCAGCCAUGGAAUUUUUGGGGGAAAGUGGUCAAUUCUCUGGCAUCAGCCAUGACUUUUCUGGUUUCAGUGGUCUCUCAGGGUUCUCCUAUUCAGGAAGUGCCAGCACAGGAGGUGUUUCUGGAGCUGGAGAUGCUCAGGUCUUGUUGAUAGAUGACAAAUUGAUUGAUGCAUCUGCUCCUGUUACCCAAAAAGAGCAUGAAUUGGGAGGGGGACUGCUGAUGUUCAGUGGCUCCGGGGACAGUUCUGGGAUGCCCAGUGGUGAUCCGAGUGGCUCAGCUUCUGGAAGUGGUUCUAGGCUCUUCGUGGGUGUGACCUUUAAUGGGUCAGGGUCCAUUGACCAAACAGAGCUAUCAUCUCUGGAGCAGGAGACCUCUGGGCUUUUAGUCUACAACUCUGGAGUGAGCAGCGGUGGGGAUAUGUCAGGAAUUAGCAGCUCAGAGCUCAUACCUGGGUCUGGAACAUCUGUAGAAGGUGACAAUGUUACAUUCUUGUCUGGGGAUGUUAUGAGAGGAGUAGCUAGAAACCUCCCGGUGUCUAUGGAAAGUAGACAAGGGGCAGCAGAGUACAGCGGGACAGAAGGCAACAGCAGUGGUAGUGGCCUCCCAACUGGGAAUGAAGACGCCGCCUUGACAGUUGCUGGAGCGCCAUCACAGGCACUGCCAUCACCGUCUACAGAGUAUGGAUUCACCAAGACUGUCACACCGACACACUAUCGGGCUCUUGCUUCAAAAAUUGACCCAGCAUUACUGUCUGCUCCCCCCACUGUUGUUACACCUGUUUAUGUUGGUCAAGAGGAUGCUGAACACAUGGAAGGUGACCCAUGUAAACCAAACCCUUGUGGCGCUUCCUUAUGCACUGUUGAAAAUGGGUUUGCUGUGUGCCAUGAGAUAGAUGUUUGCCACUCCAAUCCUUGUGCCAAUGGAGCCACCUGUGUGGAGAGUGCUGACUCUUACAAAUGCUUAUGCCUGCCAAGCUACGGAGGGGAGCGCUGUGAGAUUGAUGAGCAGCGGUGUGACGAGGGUUGGAUUAAGUUUCAGGGAAAUUGCUACCUGCACUUCACUGAUAGGGAGACGUGGUCAGAUGCGGAGCGACGCUGCCGGGACCUGAAUGCACAUCUGGUCAGCAUUAUAACACCGGAGGAGCAACACUUUGUCAACUCAAAUGCACAGGACUACCAGUGGAUUGGGCUAAAUGACAAGACAGUGGAAAAUGACUUCCGCUGGACUGAUGGCACGCCGCUGCAAUAUGAGAACUGGAAGCCAAACCAGCCAGAUCAUUACACUCACUCUGGAGAAGAUUGUGUGGUGAUGAUCUGGCAUGACAAGGGCCAGUGGAAUGAUGUACCUUGCAACUACCAUCUACCAUUCACCUGCAAGAAAGGCCCUGCGUCUUGUGGGGCUCCACCGGAGGUAGAGAAUGCUUACAUGUUUGGCAACAGAAGAGAGGAAUAUCCUGUCAACGCAAUCAUCCGUUAUCAUUGCAAGCCAGGAUUCAGACAGCGCUAUCCACCAGUGGUCCGUUGUAAGGCAGAUGGACAGUGGGAGGAACCCCGGGUGGAGUGCACGGAGAUUUGGACACCCCUGACAGAGAGCGUCUCUGCUGCACUGAGCCGGUGAUGAUCAUACGAGAUGAAGUGAAAAAAGGUGAAUGGAUUCUGCAAAUGCACAAUUCACUGCUUAUUUGGAGAGGAUUGAGCGGUACUGUGGUUUAUGAGGUCUUUGUGUUGGCUUGCCUGAGGCCUUUUUUAUUUUGUUCAUUCACUGUCACCUUCCACAAGGCUGUGCAGUGCAUAGCGUCUACAGUGUAUGUCACCAGUCUGCAAUAUUAACCUGUUUGACUGCUUUCAUUUGUGCACUUUUUUCUGGUAUUUAGGGGGGCUGUGCCCUCUCCACAUCAUGUCAUUUAUACUACAUGUUAACGUAUGAUACAUACAGUAUCUCACGAAAGUUAGUACACCCCCUCACAUUUCAGCAGCCAUCUUCUGAAGGGACAACACUCUUGAAAUGAAACUAGUCGGUGCACAGCUUGUAUAGCAGCACAUAGAUUGAUAUGAUACGGUUUAUUUGGGCCCGAGCGCCAACGUGCGAAGGCCCUCUUGAAACUGCUAUGUUUAGUAUUAUUUUUUAUGAUAUAUAUUCUGUGACUUUUCUUGCGUUUUUGAGAGCCUUGAGAAAACUCAACAACAUUUCCAAGCACGUCAGGUUCUGUGAAAAACUCGGUAUUUCAGGGUCUUCAAACUGCCACCAGUUUCACAGAUCAUCACCAGGUUUGGUGGCCAUGUCAAUCAUGACAGCAUGCAUAAAGUCCCAAGAACCCAUGGUCCAAAAACAAACAGGAAGUCGGCCAAUUUGCUUUCCGACGGCAAUUUUGGGUGAAAAACAAGGGGUCGUGUUUAACAAACUAGUCCUCGGGACUUUGACCAAAUGUGCCCAAAUGAAAACCACGGAUACUAGACAAACGGGCGACGUUCUAGUGAGAAGUUUCGGCUGUUCCAUAAGAUGUAGGUGGGGCAUGGCAAAGAACUGUGAUGAUCAAUCUGACAAUUCACCACUAAACUACGUAUAAACGUUAUGACUUAGCUCCACAAGGUCAUAUCUUCAUCCUAAUUGGUACAUAUGAUGAAGAGGACACCUUGAAGCUAUGCAUAGGUCACGUCCUAAAUUUGUUUCAGUGAACUCUCGUGAACACCGAGUUGCGUGGGGGUGCGAGGGCCUUGUUCAACGCUGCUCGCAGCUUUAGAUUUGUUUUUAAAAGGAACAUCGCGUGGUUGCAUCUGCGCAAUUCAACAUGCCCGAAAAGAAGUAGGAAGAAGCAGAGUUUAUUUAAUCCCACAUGUCGACAUUUUGUUUGCUUCCAUUUUGCAUUUAAAUUUUCUUCGCUUCUCGUGUGAAAAGGAAGGAAAGUGUUAAGAAAAUGAAGAAAUACAAAGAAGGAAGAAAUAAGAUUCAAAUUUAAUGAAAAGUAAAAAACAGGACAUCAUUUGUUUUUAUAUUUAAACAAAUGAUCAAAAAUAAAUAAAUAUAUUAUCAUCUUUGCACGGGCAAAAAAUACCCAACAUGAAAACAAAAAUAAUAUUGUGCUUUUAUUCUGAAGGGGAUUUUGUUAAUGCACCGGGGUCAACAAGUCAACACAAAUGGCAGACAGGAUGUGACGGCACCACAAUACCACCACAAUAACCCUAAUAAUAUUCAUGCAAAACUAUACCCACAUCUACAACCCGCAAGGCAUGCUGGGUAACCUUAAAGUAGCUACCCUUCCUCACACGCUACACACGGGUCGCCACAGCCAAACCAGUUUUAGAGGACCGUUCAUCUUUGCUGCGUUCCAAGCUGUACGCCGACUACUCUUAAGUUUCUUCACGAUAGUAUUGAUCCUUGCCAAGAUGUGAAGG